AGCCGACUUCUACAAACACGUGUACCAAGUCAAACCAAAUGUGCCCAAACCAAACUUAGAUACUAAAUUCAUUUCAUCUUUAGUCCACACAACAUUAUAAUUAAAGUAAAAUAAUACUUAUAAAAUUAAGUGAUUAUCGACUUCUUCACUCUUCUUCAACACUUUCUCAUCUCUCGACACGCAACUUCCUUCCUCUUCAUACUCCUCUGACUUGACUAUAUAUAACACACUUUCAUUUCUUGUUUCUUCAAAUCAAAUCUUUCAUAUACAAAAAUCUUCUCAAUUUAGAACUUAGUAGUCUUCUUAAACUCAAAGAUAAUGGCACUUGAAGCUCUUAGUUCUCCAAGAUUAGCUUCUCCGAUGCCGACUCUGUUUCAAGAUUCAGCACUAGGGUUUCAUGGGAGCAAAGGCAAACGAUCUAAGCGAUCAAGAUCUGAAUUCGACCGUCAGAGUCUAACGGAGGAUGAAUAUAUCGCUUUGUGUCUCAUGUUUCUUGCUCGCGACGGAGACCGAACCCGUGACCUUGACCUGCCUUCUUCUUAUUCUUCACCUCCUCUGCUUCCUCCUCUUCCCUCUCCGAUCUACAAGUGUAGCGUCUGUGACAAGGCGUUUUCUUCUUACCAGGCUCUCGGUGGACACAAGGCAAGCCACCGGAAAAGCUUUUCGCUAACUCAAUCAGCCGGAGGAGGAGGAGAUGAGCCAUCGACGUCGUCGGCGAUAACCAUGUCUGGUAUCUCCGGUGGGGGAGGAGGAAGUGUGAAGUCGCACGUUUGCUCCAUCUGUCAUAAAUCCUUCGCCACCGGCCAAGCUCUCGGCGGCCACAAACGGUGCCACUACGAAGGUAAAAGCGGCGGCGGCGGGAGCAGUAGCGUGUCGAAUUCUGAAGGUGUAGGGUCCACAAGCCACGUCAGUAGCGGCCACCGUGGGUUUGACCUCAACAUACCGCCGAUACCGGAAUUAUCGGUGGUCAACGGAGACGAAGAGGUGAUGAGUCCCAUGCCGGUGAAGAAACUCCGGUUUGACUUCCCGGAGAAACCCUAAACAUAUACCUCUCUCUAGGAAAAACUUACAGAUUCAGUUUAUAGGAAAUUGUUUUACUGUACAUACAAAUUUCGAUUUUGAUUGAUGUUCUUCAUUGAAAAAUGAUUCUUUGUUGUAUAAUAAUAGAGAUGUUUCUAAAAAAAAAAGUAGAACUUUUAUUUAA